AUGGUUGUAAACCUACAUGUUGAUCAUAACCAUGAUAAAAUUGAAGAUGAACGACAGGAAGAAGAAUUGGGAGAGGAAGAAUUAUCACAUAUUCCUAUAGUAAUGACAAAGACUCAAUCGGAUAACAUGGAACAUAAGAUACUUUAUCGACAGACCAAAUCGGUUAAAGCAGGAGAAAUUGAAAGAUUUAAAAUUAAUUUCACACCUCAUGCUGAAGGAGAUGAAGUGAUUAUGCCUCCUACAUUAUGGGUGAAAGUUAAGAAUUUAGAACCGGUUUCUAAGAGAGCCAUUUAUUUGGCUGGACCUUAUAUUCUUUAUGUUGACUGUAAACUGCUGGAUUACGACUCAAAUACCAAAUAUUUCGUUACUGCUGAUCAACCAGUGUUUGAACCUCAAUUAUUAGCAGGGCAGUCAUUUUAUAUCCAGUUGUCUUGUCAUACAUUGAAGAAAAGUUAUUCUUGGAUAGUUGAUGUUGUCUCCCAAAUUAUAUUCAAUAAUACGAUAUCGAUAGAUUUUGAAAUCAUGAUUGGUACUUGUAAGCAAGUGCUACAUGAUGCUUCUUUUGCAGAGAAGAAUAUUUUAAAUUCAGAUAAAGUCGGAUGUUUUAAUAGCUUGUUACAUGUUGACAACUGGGAUACUUUGGAUCUUUGGAAUUUGCCAGUUUUGCAACCAAACAAGCCUAAACAUUUGGUGAUUUUAACUCAUGGUUUACAUUCCAAUGCAAGCGCAGACAUGUUGUAUUUGAAAGAGCAAAUAGAUAGAAUAGUGGAUUUAAGAAAAUCUCAUGAUGAAGAUAUUGUUGUUAAAGCAUUUUUCGGAAAUAUAGGUAAAACGGAAAGAGGAAUCAAAUAUUUGGGAAGUCGAGUUGCAGAAUAUAUCAUUGACUUGAUUACGGAAAACGAUCUGUUGAAUGAUGGUAAAGUUGAGAAGAUAUCUUUUAUUGGUCAUUCAUUAGGUGGUUGUGUCCAAACAUUUGCCAUUGCUUACUUGAAGAUUAAUUUCCCAUGGUUUUUUGACAAAAUCAAGCCUGUGAACUUCAUCACUCUUGCUAGUCCUUUGCUAGGAGUUGUUAAUGAAAACCCAAAAGUUGUUGAAUGGGUGUUGCUGGCAGGGUUUGUUGGGAAAUCAGGACAAGAGUUGGGAUUGAAGGUUGUUGAAAACGAUUCCAAACCAUUGUUGUUGCUAUUACCCACAGGUCCAACCCAUGAAGUUUUGAAACAGUUCAAAAGAAGAACAAUUUAUGCUAAUGCUAUUAAUGAUGGAAUUGUUCCGUUGCGUACUUCAUCCUUACUAUAUCUCGACUACAAAGGGCUAUCAGAGAUUAUAAACUCUGAAGAGUUGGCUCAGAGUGACACAACAGAUAAAGUUCCUAAAUCUGUCGAAAAGGCCAAUUCAUUCCUGGCAGUUCAGACAUUAUUGUCCUAUUUCAUGCCACAAAAUCAAUCUUCAGAAAGAUACAAACGUUUCCAAACCCAAGAUGUUCAAGCUGCGGCCACAUCAGAAGGAAUUGUUCAUAAAGUGAUUCCCAGCUCGACAUUCUUAGAUUCUGCUGCUUCAUUGGUAUUACCACCGUUGCCUUCAAUGAAAUAUAUUGUAGACCCAUCAUCUCGUGAUAAUGUUAUUAUUCAUGACAAAAUAUAUUAUGAAAAGGACUUACCUGUGGCUAAUACAGAAGAAAAGUUGAGUUCAUUUGAAAAACUUGAAGAAGAAAUUGCUCGUGAAUAUCAUAAGAAUAUGGGUUGGAGAAAAGUUGUGGUUAAGAUUAAACCCGAUGCUCAUAAUAAUAUAUUUGUACGAAGACGUUUUGCAAAUGCUUAUGGAUGGCCAGUUAUUCAACAUUUAGUGGAGAAUCACUUUGGUCAGAAUAGAAGUUCAGAUUUGAAAAUCCCAAUGGUUGCAACCAAAAUGAAUGAGAGUUUAAGUACUGAUUCAUUGGAUCGAGAACUUGAUUUGAGUAGAAUUGCGUCCCGUGAUUUGAUUUCAAAACAAAAUGAUGAGAUUGAUAAAAAUACUCGAGAAGAAGAGACAGCGGCUACAACAUCAGUUGGUCAUGAUUGGAUUAAUUCAGAACAUAAUGGAGAUUCAUUAUUUUCAUUAGGGGUUACUGGAUUAUUAGGAGAGGUGACAGAAAUGAUGGGGGAUUUUAAAGAUCUGAUUACAAAAUAUACUAUUAAUCCUCCAGCUUUACCUAUUAUUGGACAAAUACCCAUUCCUGCUGCUUUAAUGACGCCUACUGAUACCACCAACACUACAACUAAUACUAUUCCUGAAAAUGGUGAUUUAGGAUUAACAAAAAAUGGCGUAAUGAAUGAUUUUAUAUAG